AACUUAUUCUUUUGUGUUUCCAUUACUCGGGUUACCAUGACUUCUCCUCUUCUCUUCUCUCUCUUCCCUUUCUUUUUAUCUUUUCCUCUGUCGACCUUUGUGUCUACAUUACUCAGCUUAUUCUCUCUCAUUAUUGUCUAGAGGGUUUCGCUUAAUUAUUGUUUCUCUUUCUCUCUUUUACUCUUUUUUUUUGCCGGUUUAAUUGAUAUGGAACAAUUUUUUUCUCUUUCUCUUUCUCUCUCUCUCUUUUCUAAUUGUUGCUAAUUGUCUUAAUCUAUUGUAAACACAAGCAAUCAGAUUAUCCAUGAUUAUCUUUUACUGUGGAAUAAAAUUAUCACCCAAUUUGGAAUAGUUUUGUCUCCAUCAACCUUUGAAUCUUUUAUCACCAUUGGAUUAACUCUUUUGUCUUGAAUCUAAUGUGUAUAUUAAUGUACUAAUGGUUUUGGAUUGGAUUUUGAUUUCUCUGACAAUGACCACUCAAUUUAACUGGUCUUUACCCUUUUUGUAUGGCUUAUCAAGAUGAUGUCUCAACACAGUUGAUGAAUUUGAUAAUCUUUUUAUAUACAAUAAUCCAGUUGGGUUAACAUGGUUAAUUGUAUUGUUUACCUUUUAACCAUCGUCAUGAACUGGAUUGUAUAACCAAAGAUUUGAAACAAGUCAACAGUUUCCAUCAAUUCGCAAUCAAAUCCUUUGCCCUCAUUAAUCUUUUGGAUUAGAUUUUUUUUGAGGCUUUUAUUUGGCGUAAACGUUUAACCAAUUGUGAAAAUAUACAUUCGAUACAUUGUUACAAGAAAGAAGAGAUUAAACCCUGAACAUGAAGUUGCUGACCAUCAAAAAUUGAAGGAUAACAAUUGAGACACAUCAAUAUCUCUCACCACGGAAUCAUUUUUAAACAAUUCAAACUUUGGUGUCUACUAUUAAGGAUCUCUUUCUUUUCUUGUUACUUGAUCAAAAGCACCAAGAUUCAGAUUCAGAUGUCUAUCAGAAAAAGAGUACAAAGACUUUCUGAUGGAAAUCAAGAUACAACAAUCAUCAGCCAUCUUGUUUAUUAGAAAACAAGUUUACCAACAACUGAAAACCCUAUUAAAGGCAAUCAAUGGAUGAUAUUUGGCGUAACUCAAUCACGAAUCUGUCAAUUGAUGAGAAUGGUAAAAAAAGUGCAACCUCAAGUGUUGAGAUGAUGGUGAUUAAGGUGAUACUGGAAAUGGUUAAUAUCUUGAUUGCAAUUGAAAAUCUAAAUGGAUGGAAAUGAUUACUGUUUCUGUUUAAAUUCAUCUAUUUCCAUUUUGAAAUUCAUUUCAAUCUAACACAAGAGACGAUGUUGAUUUGAAUAUUCAAAUUACCGGUUUUCUUUUUAAAUUAUCUCUUUCUCUUUUCGCAAAGCUAAUUGUGUUAACUGGACUCACCAGACUGAAAGAAAUGACCCAACCUUGAAUAUUACAUGAUAAUAUCAUGGAGAAAGCUUUUAUCGUAAAGAACUGGAUUUUCCCAUGGAGUUUUCAAUGGACAUGAAAUAAUCAAUCAUCGUCAUUAAUAAUCUAAGAGUUAGACUGAAUCUAUGAGAAUCAACUCUUGAUUGUUUCGCCUAAAUAAUCAUAUCUUAAAAGGAUCAUGAAUACAGAAUUUACUAAUUAAUCUGAUAAUCUUGAAAGUGGAUCAACUAUUGGACAAUAUAUACAAUCUAAUUUCGUUAAUUAUUGGACAAUUGGAGAUACUUGUAUGAGAUAUUUAUCUUAAUCGGGAAAGUCUCAAUUUUGAUUAUGACAAAUUCGCUUGUUACAUUUGACACUGACAAUUUAAUUUCAUUUACAAUCAGUCAACAAAUUGUUACAACAUAUCAAAUUAAGAAACAUCAGUUGAUUGAACUUUGUUUUCAAAAAAAGUUACAAUUAAUCAAAAUAAUCAAAGCAAAAAUUGAUCACUUAAAAUUGUUAUUAAUAUGAUCAAUAAUUUAAAAUAUCUCGCUAAUCAUCAACUGUCAACAAUUGAUUCCAAGUAAAUCAACAGGUAAACGGGAUCACAUUGAAAGUACAAAGUUUUACAAAAUCAAGUGUAAAUGAAUAAAAAGCGACUAAUUAAAAGAUGAGCCAAUUAAUUAGAACAAUUAAAACAAACGAUUUAGUUAAUCAGUUUUUGUUUUCUUCUCUAAUCAAUGUCUCGAUUGACUAAUCAUCCAAAAAAAGGUGAUAAUCUCCCACAAAGAGUAGAUGAAAUUAAUUGUUCAUUCAAAGAGAAAACAAUUAUCACCACAAAACCGGAAGGAAACUCAUGGUCUUCCAUUGAAAUGAUUCUCUUUUUGGCCUUAUAAUCAAGAAGAUCGAACAAAAAAGUCAUUUGUUAAUCUCACGAUGAUUAAAUCGAUAGCGAUUAAGGAAUUAACCUGAUCAGUUUAUAUAAAAGUAUUUCUAUCGAAUACAAAUAUAAAAAAAAGUUCGAAUCUUUUUCUCCAAUUGAACGGAAUCAUCUUCAUCUACUAAAUGGAAAACAAUCAGAAAAAGAGAAAAGAAAAAAUAAAAUUCUACCACCAAUAUCAUCUUCAUCAUCUCUAUCAUCUUCUUUUCUUCAAUUCUAACCACUAACAGAACGUUAAUCAUAAAUUGAUUGUCUUUAAUCAUCUAGGCCAUUCAUUCAAAUCAAAGUGGAUCAAUUGAUUUACUUUAAGCGAAGAGAGUUGAUUGUUGGUGUCGAAUUAAAAAAAGAUUAUCUCUCUCUCUCCUUUUGUAAACUGUUAUGCUAAACAAUUAGUUGAUUGUUGAUCUACCGGCGGUAAUUAGAAAAAAAUUCAAUUUUCUCCUCAUGUUUGGGUGGACACAAUUUUUUUUGUCACCAAGGAGGAAGAUGACAAUCGAGAGAGUAUAUAAAGAUGGAAAGUUCUUACAAUCGGAAGUUCAGUGGUUUACCUGAAAGUGAAGGUAUAAGGUGUUUAAUUGAAGAGUAAAAGAUAUUCAAUCAAUUAUUACAAUCAGUGUUGUUCAUUAAUACCAAGGGACUGAAAUCAAUUGUGCCUUUUAAAUUGUUGAUUGUGAAAAUCGUUGGUAAACCGAAAAGUUUAAUACAUUUGAUUGUGAAAAUCUCGUGUUCGUAAAAAAUCAUGGCCAUUAGUUGUGGAUAUUUAAUCAGUUUAAUUGGUUGUACGCUAAUUACUUUAGUCUAUUCAACUCAUCACCAUCAUGGUGGACAUAGUAAUAUAUUUCGGAAGCAGGAUGGUUGGGGAAAGUACGAGUUUGCUUAUGAUAUUCACGAUCCUUGGGGGAAUAAAAAUUUCCGUAAAGAGCAUGGACAUUUCACCAAGAAGGGAGGACACGUCGAGGGUUCUUAUGGUCUACACGAUGCCAAAGGUAGACUGAGAAUCGUAAAAUACACCGCAGGUAAAGGUGGAUUUGUAGCUUCGAUCAAAACAAACGAACCAGGAACAUCCGAUGAAGAUUCAGCGGCCGCUUUUUACAAUGGAAAAGACGAUGAUCAUGGAAAAUGGAAAUACGAUGUCAAGACCCACCACGAAAAGGGAAAAGAUCACUGGGAUUUACUAUUGUCAACAUUGUCUCAAACUCAACAACCACCUCAAGUUAAACCACAACUUGAGCAUCACCAUCAACCACUCCAACCAUUACAACCAACUCUCCAUGAUGAUCAUCAUCACCUUGAAGACUUUAAUCAGGUUGAAGCUGCUCAAGUUUUCCCUUGGGAUAUUGAUUGGUUCAGUCCAUUGAUCUUAAUCGUCGAGUUGUAUCAAGCCAAUUGAAAUUGUUUUCCUCUUUCUCUUUCUAUUCUUGCACAAUUCUUGCUUAAAUCAUCAUGAUAAAUGAUCGUGGUGCCAAAUUUAAUCACAAUGAAAUUCACUUACCAAAUUAACUCAAGACAAUUAGCAAAAAAAAAACGAUGCCAGGUAACACGAGACACAAAUCAUUUCUAAUUAAUUGUUUACCGAAAAAAUUAACACGAAUUUUAAGUCUUGUCGUCAUAUGAAUGGAAACCCAAACAUACGAAUCAAAUAUUAUCGAUUAUCGAAAUCGAGCUUAUAAU